CAAUGCAUAUGGCUCCUGGCGUUAUCGUUCUCGUUUGAACCCGAUCACGCGAUAGCUCUGAUCGAUUUUCAUUUCAGUGUUGUUAUUAAAUGGCCGGUAAAAUCAGAAAAAUUUGAUUUGCGGCGAAUUAUGUAUUUUAAUAGAUUACUUUAAACUGAUUGAUUUUUUCUUUGGUGUCGAGUUACUUAUUGUUUGUUUUUAUAAUUACUACUUAUAAUGGAUACUAAGAGCAAGUCAGUGAAACAGGUCUAUGUACAUAAAGUUGCUAACACCCUAAAAGUUGAAAGAGGACAAUUUAAUAAUGAUGGACAUUCCCAAUCAGUACUUCAUUAUAAAAGAUUAGUUGUUCCUGCAAAUAUGCGUUCAAUUUAUUGGAAGUGCUAUGGCUUUCCAGCAUCAGAUGAUAAUGAAAUUCUUACUAGAUCAAAAAUUGUCUGCCUCCUUUGUAAAUCUCAAAUGACAUAUAACAGGAAUACAACAAAUUUAAGGAUGCAUUUGCAGAACAAACAUAAAAAUGAGCUUGCAGCAUUGGAAGUUGUACAACCACUUCCUAGUAGCAAAACUGGAAAAAUUGACAAAAGAUCUAUAAAAAGACCUAGAAAAACAAAAGCAGAUCAGUCUGUGGUGCAAGUUUAUCCAGUUUCUUCUCAUGAUGAUCAGACUUCAAAUGAUAUUGCGCAAUACGUUGCUGAAAUUGAUGAUAUGAAUCCAUUGAGCGUAAUUGUGAAAGAAGCCACGUCUAAUCAGUCUUAUGCGCUGGUUGAUGGUAAAGCUAUAGCGGAAGCGAUUGCAGAAUUCAUCGUUAUGGACAUGCAAAAUCCUGAAAUAGUUGAAGGGAAAGGUUUUCAGAGGCUUGUAGGCACAUUAAAAUCUCCAUGUGAAAUUCCAAAGAAAUCAUAUCUGACUGAUGAACUUAUACCAAAUAUAUAUGAUGUUGUUAAAGAACAAUUGUACAUGGAAAUUGCAUCACUCAAUUGUUCGAUAUCAUUAAGCGUCGAAGACUGGAUUUCAUCUAGUGGGGACUACUAUUCAACGAUUGCAUUACAUUUCAUACACUGUAGGGAAAAUGAAUUGCAGACGAGGGUGCUAUCUACAUUAUACUGCUCAGAGAUUGAUAGCGAACAAUGGGGUAACCAAUUUGAUCUUCUCAUGGAAGAAUAUAAAAUACAAGCGGAGAAGGUGAAAGCGAUAAUUGUAGCUUCCAAUCGUGAUGACGUCUAUAACUCACUUCUCAGCCGAGGGUAUACCAUUAUUCCCUGUUUCAGCCAUUUACUCCAGUCAGUAUGUACAAAGUAUGUUUACGAACGACAUAACGUCAGUGAAGUUUUGAGAAAAUGCCGGGCCUUCAUUGCCCAUGUGUCCCGUAAUAGUACAGCUUCGGCCGAGAUGAGGUUACAGGAUAAUCUUCUGCAGCUUGAAGAGCAGCCAAUGGUGAUGGAUAACAAAGCGAGCUGGAUGUCCACCCUCACCAUGCUGGAACAGAUGCAAGCCCGGAGGAACGUCCUCGCUUCGGUUCUGGACUGCCUCAGUACGACCAUCUGCCCGACGAGCAGUCUAGAGCUGACGGCGAUGGAUUGGGCCGUUUUAGACGACGUUGUCAACAUUCUAUCGCCGUUCAAGGUAACUAUUGCUACAUUGGUUGAAGAAAAAAGUCCUUUGAUAUCGAUACUGAAACCAAUUAUGUGCCAGCUGCUUAAUGUCCAUCUCGAAAAAUCUACGACUGAUUCAGAUUUUUCUCAAACUGUUAAAGCAGAUAUUGCAGAAGUUUUAAUAGAAAAGUAUAGAGGGGAAAGUGUGAGUGAGGUUUUAGAGUUAUCUUCAGCUUUAGAUCCGAGAUUCAAGAAUCUGCCCUUUUUAACUGAUGAAGAUCGUACUCGUCUAAGGAAUAAAAUUUUGGGACAACUGAAUGAACUAGUUACCUUGCACGAAUCUGUUGAUCACGGAAAAACAAUAUUAGGGAAGAAAAGAGUUUCAGGUAUGGAGUAUCUAUUGGGGGAGUUGUGUACAAUCAAAUGUGAAAUGGAACCUUCUCAGAAAACAGAUAUGGAACUGGUGCAGUAUGAAUGGGAGCCGCAGGCUAACCUGGAGAAAUCACCAAUAGAAUGGUGGAGAGAUGCUAACGGCAAGUGUUACCACGUUUCGAGGCUGGCCGCUGAGUACUUGUGCACCCCGGUCUGUGUGAGGUCUCAUCUCCAGCAGACGCUUUGUCCCGCGGCUACUCUUCAAUCCCUACCUCCGCAUCUUGCAACUAAGAUGAAAUUUCUUAAUACUAACUAUGUUCCCUCAGAUUAGUGUUAUGUUGUUAACUUUUUUUUACAUUUACAUAAAUGUAUAUAUGUAUUUUUAGUAAUUUAUAGCUAUUGUUAAUUCAUGAUUACGGUUAGAGUAUUAUAAAAGGUAAUACAGUAAUAAUUGAGUCUUCCGGUAUCGUCGUGAAAUGAGAGAAUGUACUUUUGUAAUGUGUAAAUGAUAUUUCAUAGAAAAGUGAAAUUAAGACUUUUUUGUCAAAUUGACAAAGUAUCAUGUGAUAAACUUUGAACCAAAUAUUGUUUGAACCUCAGGUACAAUAUUGUAGUUUCAUUUAAUCUCAGUUAAAAAAAUAUUUAAUUUGUAUUUUAGUUUUUAGAUAUAUUACUGAAUUUUUCUUUAUCAGUUACCAUUUGUCCAUAAAAAAAAUGACUUUGAACUCGAAAAAAAUAAUUGUUUUAGUAAUAACUUUGUAUAUAAUUGAUAAGUAAAGUAUUUAUGUAUAUAAUAUGUGUUAUAAGUUAUUACAUUUAUGUAUAUAUUGUAUUUUAAUGCUUUUGCGCUUUAUUAAAGUUUUACAGAUGCCAUUGAAUAAAACUUUAAUGUUACUUUUGAUAAGGUCUGUCUGUAUUACCUCUACAUUACUUCAACAGUUAUAUUUUUCAAAAAUUGAUAUGUUGAAAAAAACUGUAGUUGUUUAUUUUCCUCUGCUUCUUCUUUUUGUUUUUCCUCACCUACAAGUUUUUAAGUUUUCUUAGAUCUUGACUUAGAUAGGCCAAUGAUGUUGAGAAGUGUAACAAUAAACUAUAUGUGUGCGGUA